GCUGCUGCUUCUUAUCUCUCCCCAUUUCUCUGCGAGUCUGAGACGGUGGGACACGCAAACCCCGAUGGGGAAGAGCAUGUCCUUCAAGGAAGAGUUCAACUUCGAGCUAAGAUAUGAGGAAUCGAGUGAAAUCCUCGCCAAGUACCCCGACCGAGUCCCUGUCAUUGUGGAAAGGUAUUCAAGAAGUGAUCUUCCUGAAAUGGAAAAGAGAAAAUACCUUGUUCCCCAAGACAUGUCUGUGGGGCAAUUUAUUUACAUUUUGAGCGGCAGACUUCAUCUGGCCCCUGGAAAAGCUCUCUUUGUAUUUGUGAAGAAUACCUUACCGCAAACUGCUACUUUGAUGGGCUCUGUUUAUAAAUCUUUUAAAGACGAGGAUGGAUUUCUGUACAUGUGUUACAGCACCGAGAAAACCUUUGGUUAUGCUACAAAUCAGUGAAGGUUGUUCUUUUAAUCUGUCUGAUAUAUGGUGUGUGAUUGUGGAUCUGGUGUUGGCACAAUCAUUUAUCUUGUAAAUUUUAUGUACAUACCAAAAUGACACAUCAAUUUAAUGCACACUAACCAUUUGAAGUAUAUGAAAUGCAAUUAUUAUUUUAUGGGUACUCUUCUUUCGAAA